AUGAAGAUUAUGCCAGCAACGACUGUUAUCGUUAUUCAUAUUUUAUUUCAUAUGAAUAUUUCAAUGAAAAAAGGAUGCAUUGUGUUUGCGAAAUGUGUUGUGGUCAGCGAUCAGCGAAAACAACAAAGUGGAGAACAGAGCAAUAAAACAGCUGAUGAAAAAAUAAGAAAAGGAAGUACACUAUGGAUAACGAUCACAACUCCAUGCUAUUAUUGCAAUAAUCACCAUUUGUAUAACCAUUACGAAGACCAAUAUCAAAUCAUAGCCACAUUAAAUGCGGAAGAUAAGAAACUAGUGGAGAACACUGUUGAUGAACAAAAGCGAUGGCGAGAAGUUAUCAUUGAAGCGAUGGAAGUGCAGCAGGCAAAACACUAUAAGCAUUCGUUUAAUUUGCAUCACAACGAGAAUAAUAACAAUGAAAGUGUUGAUGUUCAGAUACUUAAAACACAAUGCUCAACUCGAACAUGUACGCAGACAUUUGUUGUGCUUUAUAAUGAUGAGCCAAUUCCUGCAGAGAUUGUCGUAUCUGAUUUAUCGCUUUUAUCUCUUCCUCGGAUAUCUGCACGACUAAGAAUUCCUGUUGAAUCGAUAACAACAUUAUUACUAAUUGCUGAUGAGAAAUCACAAUGGUGGAUUGUUGCUGUUGUAAUUGGUAUAGCUGCUAGUAUCAUCGCUACUGGAUGGCUAUGCUUAUUUGUCUAUUACAACAGCUGUGGUCGACCGUACACUACAACUGCCGAAAAACCUCUACAGACUAUUUUUUUAAAAGAUAAGUUUAUCCAAACUGCCGAGAAUGACAAUGGAAGCAUGUGCUUUGAGGUUCAGCCACAGGAUACUCAAAGUAACGAAAAGAAGAGUCUUAAAACAUUAUCCUCUGAAAAUGGUUCGCUAAACAGGGUGCAAAAAGAUAUGGAGGAUACUUCAAUAAAAGAUAUUAUAUCGGAAGCAACGGUAGCAACAACAUCAACAAACACUCGUAAGCAACGUAUCACCACAAUGGAUACUGACCAGCACCAAUUCGAUUAUCCAAUCAGCAUCAUAACCAGACCAAAAAGAAGAGAUGAUUUACGAGUUCAUAAGCUGGAAUCUCGGAGCAAUAUAUCCGUGCCCACGUUGAAGGAAAUUUGUGUGGAGGAAAAACUACAUCCACAUCCAAUUCCACCAACCGCAUCCGGUAUUCUGGAAGUCGGAAAUCUUACUCAGCAGAUAUAUUGGAAUCCAAUGAGCUGUUUAUAA